GUCUAUAUCGGCUCCUUCUGGGACCGACCCCUUGAAUACGAUCUCAAUCGACAACUCUUUGAAACCGAAGAACAGGAUCUGUUGAAUGAUUUGACGACACUUCCCAGGGAUGGACGGCUGCGGCUGUUGAACGAUCUGAUCAAACGGACCCAAUUGGCCAAAGUUCACGCUCUGGUUAUCGCUGAGCUCCGGCGACAUAUGCCUCUCGUGUUGAAUAAGAAACAGAAACAGAAGGAACUGAUCCACGGGUUGAGCGCCAUAUACAGCGAUAUUCGGCACAAAUAUGGCAUACCUUUGAGCGACUUUCCCGCCAUUGAAACCAUGAAACAAAAGCUCAAAGACUUUGAUUUCAGUCGCUUUCAUUCGCACAACAAAUCACUGUUUCGGCAAAUCGACGAAAUGAUGGCCAGAGAUGUGCCAAAACUCAUGUCUAGCAUCGUAUCGGAACAGAUGUCGGCUCCGGUGGACGCCUACGAUAUAAAGGGCGGAAAGUUUGAUGUAUUAAAUCGCGAGCCGUUUGGAUACCUGAAGGGCGAGGGUUGGGACGCCGGCGCCGACGGCACCGCCCAAUGGAUUGUGGAGAAGAGCCGACACACGUAUGACAAAGUGUUCGCCACACUAUCGCCAGUGAACGGCAAGAUAUCGUCGGUGAGAGUGAAGGCAGAGAUGAUUAAAUCCAAACUACCCAACAGUACGUUGAAUAAGAUCUAUAGGCUGUCGGAUGUGGACCGCGACGGCCUGUUGGACGCCGACGAGUACGCGCUGGCCAUGCAUUUGAUGGCAAUCAAACUGGACGGACACGAUCUGCCCCUCGCUCUGCCCCCGCAUCUCGUCCCGCCCUCCAAACGCACCACCAAAUUGUGA